GAGUGUCACGUGUCAAUGUGGUGUCAAUUUUGAUUUUUGUCAAAUUAAAGUACCUAUUUCCAAUUUUCAAAAAAUUUAAAUUCAAACCAAAACCGAACUGUUGUUGGUGCUUAAUUUUGUACCAAAUUUCAUUAGAAUUCACAUAGUAUCAAAAUGCCCAAGAAAAAGACAGGUCAACGCAAGAAAGCCGAAAAGCAAAAGCUGCGUCAGAAGGAGAUCCGCAACGCUCGUGAGCACGUCGACAUCGCGCAGCACCCGUGCAACCUGCCCAUGGAGUGCGACAAGUGUCAGAAGAAGCAGAAGAGUCGAGCUUUCUGUUACUUCUGCUCGGCGGUGCAGCGGCUGCCGGCGUGCGCACAGUGCGGCAAGAUCAAGUGCAUGCUGAAGUCUGGGGACUGUGUGGUGCGCCAUCCAGGAGUCUUCACCACAGGACUUGCCAUGGUGGGAGCAAUCUGUGACUUCUGUGAGGCGUGGGUGUGCCACGGACGCAAGUGCCUCACGUCGCACGCCUGCACCUGCCCUCUCGCUGAUGCCGUGUGUCUGGAGUGUGAGAGAGGCGUGUGGGAGCACGGCGGGCGCGUGUUCCGCUGCUGCUUCUGCCAGGGCUUCCUGUGCGAGGACGACCAGUUCGAGCAUCAGGCCUCCUGCCAGGUGCUGGAGUCUGAGACCUACAAGUGCCAGUCGUGCAACCGCCUGGGGCAGUACUCGUGCCUGCGCUGCAAGACGUGCUUCUGCGAGGAGCACGUGCGGCGCAAGGGAGCCAAGAGCACGCGCGGCGCGCCGCCCUGUCCGCGCUGCGGCUACGGGCUGCACGUCACCGCCGACCUCAGCAUGUCCACUCGCUCGCACCGCUACGGGCGGCAGGGCGCGGCGGCGGCGGACGACGAGGACGGCGACUACUCGCACUCUGGCUACAGCGCCGACGGCGGCAUGGAGGGUGGGGACUACUCGUACUCGGACUCCGACGAUGACGACGACGAGGACGAGGACGACGAUGAGUCUGACGACGACGAAUCCGACGACGAAGAGGCGGAGACCGACAAAACUUCGGCCAGCAAGACGAAUACGUAACUGCCACUGCGGUACCACCACAAGUGCUAUAGUUGUUACUUCUGAAUCAUCUGAUGUGUUAUUUAUUGCUUUUAUUCAAUAAAUUUAUUAUAUUAUU